AUGAUCAUCCUCGGUAUGACUUCCGCAAGCUGGAUCAUCGUCCUACUCCACUGGAGUCUCCUCAUACCGUCUCUUCAAGCAGAAGGAACCAAUAGUUCUGCGCCGCUCAGCAUCCCGGAGAGUCCUCCUGGGCAUACUGUCGACGCCGAUGUGGCCGGUCUAUCAUCUCCGGGGCGGUCUCUGAAUCACUCCUCUGUUCCCUUUGCGAAUAGGUCUAGAGUCGAUGCGCCAUGCAACACCGAUCAGAAUCCCUCUUGUGCCGGCGUUCCCCAAUUCGAGGCGCUUUGUUGCCCGGCUCCGAGUCUCUGCUACUGUAUGGGCCGAAUCGGCAAGGCACACCGGCCUGUUGUCCAGCAGUUUGAGGAGCUCUGUUGCCCAGCUCCGAAUCUCUGCUACUGGGCCGAUCGACAAGGCACACCGGCGUGUUGUCCAGCAGGUCAGGUCUGUCCUCCGGCUUCUCCUCUACCCCAAACUUCAUCGUCUCCUCCGCCACCUCCUUCGCCACCUUCUGAAACAGCUGGCUCCGGACCUGUUAUAGUACCUGUUCCGGUUCCACUACUUCCUCCAGCACCACCCCCACCUCCGCCUCCUCCUCCUCCUCCCCCUCCACCUGGACCACCAGAUCCACCUCAAACCACCGUACCGCCACCAACGGCCACCACCAACAAACCUGACGCGACUUCAUUCAAGUGCAAAUCCCUCUCACCGGUUGGCACAACUCCCACGAGCCGAACUUGGACAGCGACUGAUACCGUGACUUGCGAUGGAGACAUUUACCCACAGGCAUGCUUACAUUAUAGCUCUGUUCAACGCCGACCCACUGGCGAUGCAUCGAUUCUGAGCUGCCCCUAUCCAAGAUACGCGAAGGAGACUCAAGUUCCGCGGCCUGAAGUCGAGUCUUACUCUCGAGAUCAUAAUGAGGCAUGGCAAUCGUGGAUCCCCUAUUGGCCCACGACGCCGAGAGCGGGCAGAAAGACGAAACCAAAGGCGCUAUGCGAUCGGGACGAGUACCCCCCCGCACAUUUCAUGCAGGGCGCCAACGGCUCCGCAAACACCAGAGCCAACUCGAAAACAACGAGCGUCUGGAUACGAUAUCUCCCCGCGUACGAGAACCGUGGAGCCGGGAAUUUGUGGAAAGGUUUCUGCGACAGAAGCGCCGUCAGCACGGAGACAAUUACGAGUCCACCGGACAAAGACGGUGUUUGCACAAUUCAGCGGGAGAUACACGCGUCGCUCAGAGCAAUGACGAUGCAGUUCAUCAACAUGCCAAACUUGAAAGACGACGGUCUGAGUGACAAUCCAUGUCGGCCAACGGCAAUCUGGCUGGAUCCUGGCUAUGCGCUUCGUGUAGAUGACCCAUGGUAUUUGCCGGCGUUGUUGCAUGGCGAAAACGCUGACAAGCGACGGAAGCUGUAUGGUAACCCUCCUUCAGCAGCUGUGACGCAGAACAGGCAGUCCGUACGGACCAAGAUCCCCAACUGCCAAUGGAAGAGACAAGCCGGCGUGGCCGAUGAGGACUACGACGAUUGCGGUAAUCCCAAUCCCGAUGAUGCGGAAUAUGAAUGGAUUAACCCUCCGCAACCGGAAGGGCUCGGCGUCCACAACGAUCUCUCUCUUCCGAGGGACGUUCAAUAUAUCGAAGAUGACGGUGUCGAACGUGAAAGAACGGAUGAAGAGCUGUUCCGGGACUUUGGCCUGCUCGUGUGCCGGUCCAACGACUGUCUGGCGGAAUAUUCCUCUCUGGCAGGCGUACUGGCUGAUGUUGAUAUGGAGGACUUCGAUCCUACUUUCACAAUGAUGCCAGAUCACCACGACCCGCCAACACCGACCAGCUUCCUCGUCACCGACGAAGCCGGCCACACCACCACCAUGUACUGA